GUCAGUUGUUUCCACCACCCCCCACCCCCGCGGUAUGUGGGGAUUUUGUCGGGCAAUAUAGGGAGAAUUACCGUAGCUUUGAGCAAAUUCCGUUCUCUACCCCCCGGGGGAUUUUUUGGAAAUACCAAUCGCCUUCCCCGUACCUCACGUGGAAAUUGAAGUUGGGAGUCUGGAACCGAGUUUCUGCUUUCAAGAUGGCGGACAUGGAUGACCACCACGARGUCCACGAGAAUCUGCUAAGAUUUUGGAAAAACUUUUUCGCCAAAUGUGCCGUACAAGAGGCUGAAGAUUAUGCAGAAAAGUUCGCUCGUGAAAGAAUGCAAAAAGAGAUGGUUCGUGAUUUGAACAGAGAAAUUCUCAAAGAAAUCGGUAUUUCUACAGUAGGCGACUCAGUUGCGAWUUWAAAGUAUGCAAAAGAGAUAUCUUCAUCUGUUGACUUUGCUGAAGAAAGUAAAAAAGGUAGAAAACAUAAACUCUUCAGUCAAAAGCAUUUCUCUGUCAAAAACCAAGCAAGCAACUCUAGUUGUUGGGAAGUGUGGUGUUUUAAAAGUUGGACCUGAACUUGAAGUAUAGAUAUUGAAGAUCUCUCACAGAAAGUACUGUUGCCAGUGCAGGAAGUAAAAUGGCACCUUGACCACUAUGGGAAUAUCAGAGAAAAGCGUAAGGCAAAGACUGCAGCAAAGAAAUCAAGUCAAAUGAAUGACUGCUUAGAUAACAAUAUUGGUAUGAGCUGUAUUGUAUGUAAAGGUAUGGCAUCUGUAUGUUGUUCAGCUGACCCUGAACAAUGUACAGAUGCUUAUUGCCUAGGAUGUCUUGAUUUGAAAUACCCCCCACCCAUGGAAUGGGUUUGUCCAAUGUGCCAAGAGGAUGCAGAUGUAUACUGUGUAUGCUCUCAAGGAGAAUAUGGCCUUAUGGUUGGAUGCGAUGGUCCUAAGUGUGUGGCACAAUGGUUCCAUCUUCAGUGUGUUGGAUUGACAGAGGAACCCAAGACAGAGCAAUGGUUUUGUCCAUUGUGCUCUCAAGUCUAAUGUUUGAUGAAAUUAAAGUUGAUAUUCCAAACUAA